AUGAAGCAACCAGGCGCUACGUUCGUGAUUGAAAUACAGAAUUCAGAGCCUUAUAUUCUCUCCGUUCAAGCUGGUCGUACUUUGCCCGAUGCACGAACCAAGGGCUAUACGCUAGCUGUGAAGACAACUUUCCGCAAUCUGGAUGACAUGAGCUUUUACGAUUCGACCUGUGAGGCACACAAACGCCUGAAGUCGGUGGCAGCACCUCUUAGAGAGGGUGAUGUGUUCACUGCGUAUUUCGAAGAUGAGGUGGCAUUGGCUUGA